GUCUUUAUAUUAUCUGGGUAAACGCAGGUCUGCCCCCGGGUCUUGUAUUUCUUCCCUUCGGUUGUUGUGUUAUUGAAAUAAUUCUUUACGAUGAGGGCGCAACGGGCCAUUGCUGUCCUCAAUGACAGCCGUAUUUUAACGACAAAAGGUGGUAUAUCGAAGCUCAACACUGUCUCGAGAGCCUUCACCGCCCGACCCCCCACGCAGUUCAUUGUCGCCCCAUUGCGCGUUGAAGGAAAGAGAUAUUUUAGUCUUACAAGGCCUAGAUAUGCAGCUGCUAAUGCUGCGGCCGGUGCCGCCGCUAUCAAGAGAGCCGCUGAACAAGCUGCAAACCUCACACCCGAAUCCGUCCUCGAGAAAAUGAGCCCCGAAGAAAAGCAUCGACUAUCGAGAGUACGAAAUAUUGGUAUUGCGGCACACAUCGACAGCGGCAAAACUACUGUUACUGAACGAGUUCUCUUCUAUACCGGUCGUAUCAAGGCGAUACACGAAGUUCGAGGUCGUGAUGGCGCCGGUGCUAAGAUGGACUCCAUGGACCUCGAACGAGAGAAGGGCAUUACGAUUCAGUCUGCUGCUACCUUCUGCGAUUGGAAGAAGAUUGUGGACGAGAAGGAGGAAACAUACCAUAUUAACUUGAUUGAUACCCCCGGCCACAUUGACUUCACAAUUGAGGUCGAGCGUGCUUUGCGAGUGCUAGACGGUGCAGUCAUGAUUCUCUGCGCAGUGAGCGGUGUUCAGUCCCAAACUGUCACUGUUGAUAGACAGAUGAAGCGCUACAACAUCCCGAGAAUAAGUUUCGUGAAUAAGAUGGAUCGCAUGGGUGCCAACCCAUGGAAAGCAGUGGAACAGAUCAACUCCAAGUUAAAGAUUCCUGCCGCCGCUAUCCAAGUACCUAUCGGUGCUGAGGAUCAGUUCAAAGGUGUAAUUGACCUUAUCCACAUGAGAGCUAUUUACAACGAAGGACCCAAAGGCACCAUUAUAAGGGUAGAAGACAAGGUUCCCGACGACCUGAAGGAAUUGGCCGAAGAGAAACGCCAAAUAUUGAUCGAGAAGCUAGCGGAUGUUGACGAUGAGAUCGCUGAGAUUUUCUUGGAAGAACAGACGCCCACUCCCGAGCAGAUAAUGAACGCCAUUCGCCGGGCAACGAUUGCCCUGAAAUUCACUCCUGUGAUGAUGGGAUCCGCUUUGGCUGAUAAGUCCAUCCAGCCCAUGCUUGACGCCGUUUGCGACUAUCUUCCCAACCCCAGUGACGUUAAGAACAUAGCCCUUGACAGGAGCAAAGGAGAAGCAGAAACCUCGCUUGUGCCCUACAACUCGCUCCCCUUUGUCGGUUUAGCGUUCAAGCUGGAAGAAAACAACUAUGGUCAGCUCACCUAUAUCCGAGUGUACCAAGGUACAUUGAAGAAGGGCACAUACCUAUUCAACUCGAGAAACGACAAGAAGGUGCGAAUUCCUCGAAUCGUGCGUAUGCACUCCAAUGAAAUGGAAGAUGUGAACGAAGUCGGAGCGGGAGAGAUUUGCGCCGUGUUCGGUGUUGACUGCGCCUCCGGUGAUACCUUCACGGAUGGAAACUUGCCCUAUACUAUGUCUUCCAUGUUCGUGCCCGACGCGGUUAUGUCGCUGUCCAUCAAGCCUAAGCGCAGUACGGAUGCCGACAACUUCAGUAAGGCGAUGAACCGAUUCCAGCGCGAGGAUCCUACCUUCAGGUUAAUGGUCGAUGAAGAGAGUGAAGAGACAAUUAUAUCUGGUAUGGGUGAAUUGCACCUUGAGAUCUACGUUGAGCGUCUCCGCCGAGAGUAUAAGGUAGAAUGCAUCACUGGCCAGCCCCGCGUCGCAUACCGUGAAACUAUUGGUCAACGGGCAAACUUCGACUAUCUCCUACGAAGACAGACCGGUGGACCGGGUGACUACGCUCGUGUUGUCGGCUGGAUUGAGCCCAACUCUGAGCCCGAAAAGAACUCCUUCGAGAACCAGGUUGUUGGUGGUGUCAUCCCUGAUAAGUUUAUCUCGGCUUGCGGCAAGGGUUUCGAGAUCUCGUGUGAGAAGGGCCCAUUGCUCGGCCACAAGGUCAUCGGUACUAAGAUGGUCGUCAACGACGGUGCAACUCACGUCACGGAUUCGUCCGAUUUCGCCUUCAGUCUAGCGGCGCAGAUGGCCUUCAAGAAGGUGUUCCACGAGGCUGGCGGCCAGGUCCUCGAACCCCUGAUGAAGACGACUAUCAUGGCACCCAACGAGUUCCAGGGCAACAUCCUGAUGCUGAUGAACAAGCGCAACGCCACAAUCAUCGACACCGAGAUUGGCAGUGAGGACUUUACACUUUUGUGCGAUGUCAGCUUGAACUCCAUGUUCGGCUUCGCGACACAAUUGCGCGCCGCGUCGCAGGGCAAGGGCGAAUUCAGUAUGGAAUUCAGCCAUUACGCGCCUGCGGCACCUCAUUUACAGAAGGAACUGGUCGCCAAGUACCAGAAGGAGCUCGAGGCUGCCCGCAAGUAAAUCACACGGGAUUGAGGAGUAACUCACAUCUUUAACGUGAUAAACCCGAUCAAGCUUGGAACUUCAUCCCCUAGAAGGUCCACCAGCGUUCUUCUAACCCUUUAGUGAUCGAUCCCUAACUAUUUCGGGAGAUAAAUCACGAAUGCAAGGGACUCAAGACCCACGCAAGCGCGAAUCAGCGCGGCCCUGAAAAAAGAGGCCAUAUGUAAUUUUACCGUCAUGAAUGAGAGACUAAACGAAAUGAACCGAGAGACCAAAGGAAAAAGGAAACAAGGUCUCCGUGUAACGUGUAUGUAUAUAGAUGGAUGCUUUGACGACGAAGACUUAUACGUACGGGAUCUGAAACGGUGCUGCUGUGAUAUAUCCUAGAACAGAGGAGUGCAGAGCGGGUUGGGUUGGGCUAGGUUAGGGGGUCGUAUA